GCCAGCCGCGCUCCCCGCCGGCCGUGCCGCGGCGCCGGCCCCCCGCGGCGCCGCCCGAGUAGAGUCAAAAUGUCGGACAAAAGUGAUUUAAAAGCAGAACUUGAGCGCAAAAAGCAGCGUUUGGCCCAGAUAAGAGAAGAGAAGAAACGAAAGGAGGAAGAGAGGAAAAAGAAAGAGGCUGAUCUACAGCAAAAGAAAGAGCCAGCUCAGGAAGAUUCUGACCUAGAUCGCAAAAGAAGAGAGACAGAAGCUUUAUUACAGAGCAUUGGUAUAUCCCCAGAACCACCUCUAGUCCCAACCCCUAUGUCUCCCUCUUCGAAAUCAGUGAGCACACCCAGUGAUGCAGGCAGCCAGGACUCUGGAGAUCUGGGACCCAUGGGAAGGACCUUGCAAUGGGACACAGACCCCUCAGUGCUGCAGCUCCAGUCUGACUCUGAACUUGGACGCAGACUGCACAAACUAGGGGUGUCAAAGAUUACCCAGGUUGAUUUCUUACCUCGGGAAGUGGUGUCCUACUCCAAGGAGACUCAGACACCUAUUGCCACACAUCAGUCUGAAGAGGAUGAAGAUGAUGAAGAGAUGGUGGAACCAAAAGCGCAGGAUGACUUGGAGAUGGAAAAUCAAGAUCAGAAGCAGGAAGUGAAAGAAGCUCCUCCUAGAGAACUGACAGAAGAAGAAAAACAACAAGUUCUGCAUUCAGAAGAAUUCUUGAUAUUUUUUGACCGGACAAUACGUGUCAUCGAGCGAGCUUUGGCUGAAGAUUCAGACAUAUUCUUCGACUACAGUGGCAGAGAUGUGGAAGAGAAAGAUGGAGACGUUCAAGCAGGAGCCAACCUUUCCUUUAAUCGUCAGUUUUAUGAUGAGCACUGGUCGAAGCAUCGUGUAGUCACCUGUAUGGAUUGGUCUCUUCAGUACCCCGAACUGAUGGUUGCUUCUUAUAACAAUAAUGAAGAUGCUCCCCAUGAGCCCGAUGGGGUGGCCUUAGUCUGGAACAUGAAAUUCAAGAAAACCACACCAGAAUAUGUUUUCCAUUGUCAGUCUUCCGUGAUGUCCGUCUGUUUUGCUCGUUUUCACCCAAACCUGGUUGUUGGUGGGACAUACUCUGGCCAAAUUGUCUUGUGGGAUAAUCGCAGUCACAGGCGGACUCCAGUUCAGCGAACUCCUUUAUCUGCAGCUGCUCACACGCAUCCUGUGUACUGUGUCAACGUAGUUGGAACACAGAAUGCGCACAAUCUCAUUACGGUCUCUACGGACGGCAAAAUGUGCUCCUGGAGCCUGGAUAUGCUCUCAACUCCACAGGAGAGCAUGGAGCUGGUGUACAAUAAGUCCAAACCAGUGGCGGUUACAGGAAUGGCUUUCCCGACUGGAGAUGUCAAUAACUUUGUCGUUGGCAGCGAAGAGGGGACAGUCUACACAGCUUGUCGUCAUGGAAGUAAAGCGGGCAUUGGUGAAAUUUUUGAAGGCCACCAAGGACCCGUUACAGGAAUCAACUGUCACAUGGCAGUGGGUCCAAUUGACUUUUCCCAUCUCUUUGUCACAUCAUCGUUUGACUGGACAGUCAAGUUGUGGACCACAAAGCACAACAAGCCGCUCUACUCCUUUGAAGACAACGCCGACUAUGUCUACGACGUCAUGUGGUCGCCCGUGCACCCCGCGCUCUUCGCCUGCGUGGACGGGAUGGGGCGCCUGGACCUCUGGAACCUCAACAACGACACCGAGGUUCCCACAGCCAGUGUGACAAUUGAAGGAGCUUCUGCCCUCAACCGUGUCCGCUGGGCACAGGCUGGGAAGGAAGUAGCAGUUGGUGAUUCAGAAGGCCGCAUAUGGAUCUAUGAUGUUGGAGAGCUGGCAGUUCCACACAACGACGAAUGGACCCGUUUUGCUCGGACCUUGGUGGAAAUCCGUGCCAACCGGGCAGACAGUGAGGAAGAAGGGGCAGUGGAGCUAUCGGCCUAGAGGAAGAAACUGAGCAGCAGCCACCGUGGUCACAACAGCAGCUGUCCCUGUUGAGUAUGUUGGUGUUCAGUGUCCAAGUCAGUCUUGCUGUGGCUUCCGAUGCCAGUUUACGUGCCAGUAUUGCUCAAAGCAUUCCAUAUUAAUCACACUGCUCUACACAAGGCUGAAAACAUCCAGAGCAUUUUCAUACUUUAUAUUUCUGUCUGAAAAGUAAGAAAGAAAAGACAAAUCAAACCUUUAUGGGUUUAGUUGUUGCCUUUUAACUACUUAGUAGCUGUACUUAAUAGCUAGGAACCCCUGGUUAAACUUGUGCUCACAUUGCCCUUCUGGCAUAGUCCUAUUAAAUCCAUAUGAAGCCAGAUAUGAUUAUGUGCAGAUGUGGUGUGCUUCACUGUAUGGGACUGGGCCAAAGACUUUAGAUGUGGUGUUUCACAUGGUGACUUACAUUAUGAAUGGAUGUACUAUACGAAAGUUGCUGCUCCUUAUUUAUUGCGGUGUGCUGCAUGGAACAUAUUUAUUUGAAAGCAUUAAAAUAAACGAUCCUAAAGCAUGUGCAUAAUGAGAGAACUGCAUUGUCUGUGUGCUGCUGUAGAGGUUACAUUAAAGUCCACAUAACAAUUACAGUACAUCAGUUGUGCUAAGGAUGUAAGAUCUAUAAAGGUUGACUUGAAUGGAUGGAAUGACUUUCCUUUUUUUUUAAUGCCUAUUAUUUCUAGGCAUUUUAACAAUAUUUCAAAUACAGUUGAUCACUGAUAUUUGUCAUGCAAGUUAACACUAACAGUCUGACAAAGGGUUGUGGUUCCUGAAUAUGACACUAGUCCUGCCAAUAAAAUGUAUCAAGCCCA